CACGGAUUCUGAUCAAUUUCAACCUGUAGUAUGAAGUCUAAGUCUGGUUUUAACAACGUUGUUCAUUACUGGAAAGUUGAGGGAAGACUUUGAAGCUGGUUGUCAUUGUCUUGAAGUUAAGAUUCGCGUUAAAUCUGGGAUUAUAGUUUAGUGUAUGCUCGAAGAGCUUUAAUGGCACCAACUUUGCCAAAGGCACAGCAACUUUACAAGCCCUUUGUAGGAGAAAACAAUAAUCGAAGGAAGCGUGGUAAGAAAUUUAGUCUUUAUAUCAAUUAACCGCUUCUAUAUAAUCCAUUGCAAUCGCUACUGUUCAUUUUUCUGCGGUAAUAAAACUUUGAUUUCGAAGUUCUCUGCCGAUUAAAAUUUUGUCGAAGACCCGACAGCGGGAAAGAUAUGAAAUUCGCUUAAUGAUUUACUAAAGGAAAAUAGAGGAUAAUUUUUCUUUUACAGUUCAGAAAGGGAUGAUAAAUGUAGGGCUAUUUUGCUAAAAUCAAUGUUCGACAAAUUAAGUCUAAAAAUUCUAAAUGUAUUCAAGAGACGUGCUGAAUUUAACGAUAAACAGCGGAUAUCAAAAUCGCAAGAGCCAGGAUGUAAAUAUAGAAUAUAUAUUUUGUUUGUCAAAUCUAAAUGACCUUUUGCUCAUCUUGAAAAACUGCCAAUACCUAAUUUAAGCAAAUUCGCCGAUUUUUAAUUAAUACACCGGCCGCCAAUAAGACAGAAAUGAAAGUUCUGGUAGAUUAAGGUACCACUAAAUAAUCUUCGGCUUGUGUAUACUGCUUUUUUAUCGUAUUCAGAUGUAACAUUGCUCAGGUGUAAUCCUGUUAAGGGUUAAUUCCACAAGAUAAGCUUUUUAAGGAGUCUUUGCCGAUAUUUUUAACCUUGAUUCUUCUUACUCAUUUUUUUUGUUGUUGUCGUUGUUGUUCUCUUAUCGCUACAUUUAGUGAUUUCCUUAGUACACUCUCAGGUGGUCUUAAUACGUUUGAGAGUCAGUUCAGUGACACUUUUAAACCAUGCAUGGCUCAAAAAGAUUAAGACGUGGUGCUUUAUUACUUAUGAUUCUCAAGCACAUUUUCCAAAAAUCAAAGUUUAAGGAGAAAGCUAAUGGUAAACCCAAAAUAAAACACUAGAAAAAGAAUCUCAACUACAUCGUCUCGUGAUUGACCAAGACUUCUAUUGUUUGAAAAGCCCCGUGCCAAUGGGCGCAACUUUGUUGGCCAACAACUUCCAACAUUGUUGGAUGUUACAUGUUGCGUCCGUUUGCUGGCUCACCCUGUUGCUUGUUGUUGCUUGUUGUUGGGAGUUGUUGUGCAAAGUCUGAAACCAGUUCAAACUGAAGCGAAAAAUUCCAACACUGUUGCGUCUGUGUGCACGGAGCUUAACGAUUCCCACCCCUUGCUAAAUGUGCAACUUCAGUCUCUUGGUAUCAAAAGAAUGAAACUAAAAGAAAAAUCAGCUCAGGCAGGAAACCUUACAAUUUUAAAGUGCAACGAAUUGUUGUCAUUGACUAGUGCCAGUCCAUGGUGAGUCUGAGACGUAAUUCAUCCUCGCUUUGGGUUUCAUGUAACUCGUUAACGGCCAUGAAUUUACAGUAAAAUCGAAGCUGAGGCUACGCGCAGGAAAAACGAUUAUGAGCCAAUGACAGUUGAUUUGUUUCACUCUCUCUUAAAGCAUAAACAUGGUAAAACAAAACCAACUUUAUUUUCUUAUUCCACCGAACAAAAUCUCCUCUGCAAAUACUUAACACUCACAAUGUGUUUAUCUGUUUAUUUCAGAUUUUGAUCCCCGAAGUAAGCCACAAUCAUCCAGUUAUGUAACCCGCUUUGCAUCCAAUAACACAGGAAUACUAUGCCUGCUGGGAAUUCUUAUUUUCCCUGUUCUUCUGGGCUUUGCUAUCGGUUAUGGAUUUAUAGUUCUCGGUGUCAGCGCUUACAAACGAAUGACGAAGGAAAAGUCAAAAACAGACGCUCAAAAAGAAGCGCAAAAAAUCCAAGUAGUGUUGGGAGAAAGGCUUGUUGACUCCUCGUUUCCAAAAACCGUUUCCUUGAAUGUUCAAGAAACGAAAAAUCGAGGUUUUUCUGGCCCUGCUCAAGCGAGAUAUUACUACCACAGAUUAUGUAAUUUUACCAGUGAGGCAAUAAAUGGCGAUGUCAAGACCAACUAUGAUGAUAGUUCCAUAUCCGAAGAUGAUACUGAGAACAGGUCACGUGAGAAAUCAACAAUUGACUCCCCGGAUGUUGACGAAACCGACUCAAGUACGCAUGCGUCACUUGAGGAUAAUUUGGAUAAAUCGGAAGAUGAAGUAGAAGGAGAAGAGAAUGGAGUAAAAAACGAGAAAGAUUCUGGCAUUUCUGGUGAAGAGAAUAGCCCCGCAAAAAGAAAGAAAGAAAACAAACAGGAUACUCCAGAAAAACGAGGGCAUGACAGCUCAAAAGAGAUAGAUCUCAAAGAGUUUGGCUUAAUAUCAGAGAAUAAACCACCAUCACCUAGUGAUACAGAAGGUUGCCGGGGAAGAAUCCGCUUUGCACUUCAUUAUAACGUCUUAAAAAAUGAACUACAAGUGAAUAUCAUCAAAGCAACCAACCUUCCAAUUACAGACAAUAAAGAGGGUAUCAAUCCCAUGGUGAAAUUAUCAUUGCUUCCUCAGCAGUUCUGUUGGCAGCGAACAAAGGUCAUCGAGGGGACUCCGGAUCCUGUAUUUAACGAAACGUUUGUUAUUUCGGGUUUUUCAAAGGACAGAAUCAAGGAGUACGAACUGAAGUUCAGAAUUGUCAAUUUUCACGACACGUUCAAAGAGCGUUAUGGUGAUGAUGUCAUUGGAGAGAUUCUGUUCCCCUUAUCAGAGCUGAAGUUGAUCGAGAACAGUCCUUCCUUUUCGAUAACCAAGUGGUUGAACCUCAAUCCUCCAAUUCCUUUAGGGGUAAGGGGCUAGCGCUAUUAACGGAACUGGGAGGUUCAGGCGAUGUGGUGUCCCAAUGCAGCAUAAGCUUUCUAUAAAAUUCAGAAAGCUCUGGAAAAAGGGUAGACCCAAACGUUUGGGGAGUCUGGGAUCAAAAUAGGUUAUAGAAGGGAGGCCUGGGAUCAAGACACGUGUAGACUUUGAUGUCAGGUGGGGCAGGAGUAGGGAGGGUCGAAGAUCAACAGUGGUACUGGGAGGGAUGGCCCUAAUACCAAUACAGCUUGUGCUAUUUUAGUGAUUACAAUUCCUUCAUCUCUGACUUCAUCCCUCCCCAAUUUUGGUGUAAUUUUGGCCCUGUUCCUGCCCAGCUAGAAACUGCCAGGUUUCUGCAUCCAGUAGAUGGAACAUUUCACUCAGAAAAGUUAAUCGGAAUGGCUAAUAAGGCCUUAUGAGACUUCACCUCUUUAAUGCCACCAAAUUCUCAUGGUCUGACGGUAGUGGUUUCGUAGCCGUAUAAUGAGAUCCACCGUAUUUUUAUAUUUUACAUGUCUGCUUCUUGGUCAUUUUGACAGCUAAAUAAUGUUAACAACUAAAAUUGUACAGGGGUUAAAUAAGUAGCAGGUGCCUACUCUUUCUCUGGCCCUAUUUUCUUCAUUCGUCUACGACACAGAUUAGGGUUACGUAGGGCUAAUCAAAAUGCACAGAGUAAUUUGCAGGUAUUUCUUGACAGUCUAAAGGGGAAAUGUUUUAAGAGUAAAAACCCUAAUCUAGUCCAUGUGCAUUGUUGAUAUGAAAGUUUUAAAUCCCCAGACGGUUUCGUUAUCCUUUUAUUUUUGCAGACGGAAGCUGGAGACUUGGGUGAACUUUGUGUAUCUUUGUGUUUUCGUCCAAUCAGCGGUCGCCUUAUUAUAACUAUCACAAAAAUUCGUGGAUUGCCAAAGGCAACAGUCGACCGGACAGGUAAAUAAACGCUGGCAGCAACAUUGCAUCUAAUUCCACGUUUUUUUUCCACGUGUUGUCUUGCAACUAAGGAACAAAUAAUGUUGCCAACUAGAUAUUGUAUAGUCAUCUAUGCCCCCCUCAUGAACCUCGUCCCCUGGUCCGAAGUAGGUCCAGGGCUUUUCCCUUAAAAAAAUGGGAGGGGAGGGAAAAAGCCUGUAGAUGAGGUUGCCUUAUCUCCCUGGUUAUAUUUCUACAAGAGAGAAUGAUCAUUCUCACCACAUGUGUUUUGCUACAAUUAUCUGUUUAAGCCUUACACCCCAGAGGGUCAAUGGGCUUCGGACGCUUCACACUUAGUAUGGUAGUCUGUUGUCUAGAUAGAGGCUCACAGCUGUCCAUUUUGAUUUUUUUUAAACCCAAUUAAUUUCGCUAGACAUUUCAGUGAUCUUAUCCGCCGCUGGUGAAAAUCCUACUUUGCUCUGUUUGGCCGAAAGAUUCUUUUUGUGAAAGAUGGAUCUAUGAAUACUGCCUGAAAAUUAACACGCUGCAUUUCAAGGGUUAUAAGGGAUUCACGCUCCAGGGUAAUAGUUUCCUUUAAACUAUUAAAAACAUUCUCCAAGUAAUCGGCUCCUGCAUUCUCUUAUUUUUGUUUUAUUUUAUCCCUAGACCCGUACGUCAAGCUUGCUCUGUACUGUGACGGUGCGCGCAUGUCUAAAGCGAACACGCGCGUCAAGCGGAGGAGCCUCAAUCCCGUGUACAACGAGAAAUUCAACUUUAAUGUUUCCGCUGACCUAAUUUCCCUCACUACCGUUGUGCUCAAAAUUGUUAAUCACACAGAGAUCAACAUUGGAGGAGGAAGUCUUGGAACAGUAAUUCUUGGGUUUGAUUCAUUUGGAUCUGGACAGGAACAGUGGAAAUCGAUGAUCGAAUCUCCAAGCAGGCACAUUGAGAAAUGGCACAAACUACACAGAGAUCUUUAUUAACUUUCGUGUUUAUCACUGAAGCAUGGGUUGCUUUUAGGUGGUUUUCUACAGCCCCCAGAGAAAAACUCGCCUGUUACAAAAAAAAUGGACAUUUUUUUUCGCCAACGAUUCUGUUCGAUGGCGUUAAUUAAAAAAUUACACACUCUAUAAACUAGAGGGGUACAAGCUUUCAGCACCGC